AUGAAUAAAUCAUCGCUUCAGUCACCAAAAAAGCAAUAACAUCGAAAGAUAGUUUCUUAAUAAUAAAGCAGUCGAACAUAUCGAUUCUUUGAUAGAUUGUAGCUAUUUACAAAGCAUAGAAUAUCUGUGGUUGAGGAGACACCAUAAAGAAGUGAAAGAUAAUAAAGAAGAUUGAAGAAGUAUUUUUCAACAACGAUGGCAAAUUCGAGCUGCAAUUGUAUUAAUUGUGGUAAGAGCAAUUCAUUUAUUCAAAAGACUUUUUAAUUAUUUUCAUUUGAGAGCAAGUAAAUUGAAUUAAUUUUAAAACAAAUUAGCUUUAAUCGAAGGAAGAGACUAUACAAAAGAUUUAGAAAGUAUUUUCAUUGUGUGUAAUUCAUAAUAAGAUAUAAGAUUGUUUAAAAAAUACGAGAUCGACAGAGGAAUAAAAUGAAGAAAGUAAUGAACUAGAAUGUACAUGUUUAUAAACCUUCAACAGUAGCUAAUUUAUUAACUGAAGGAAUCAAGUAUUUGUUAUUAGUAUAUUCAAGGUAAUUGAAAUAAUAACAUCAUGUGUAGGUAUUAAAUGAAAAUGAUUCUGAUGAGGAUUUUUAUAAUUUAAAGCCUAAGAUGCAUUAGAAUCGUAAAUCUUUGGCAAAUUUUUUAUUUUUGUCUAAUAAGGGAAAAAAAAAGUUAGAAUAAACCUAUUAUACAAAAUAAGCUAAUAGACCUAUUAGUUAAUAUAUAGCAAACCAUACUAAAGUAUCAACAACAUAAUGUUCUCCGAAAUCUAUAUUACCAUAGUUAUGUUCAUUGUAUGAUUUUAAAAACUCUAUCUCAGUUAGAAAUAUGAAAAAAUUUUGA